AUGUCCACCAGACAGAGCGGUGGCAGCUAUGCCAAAGCUUUUCUCGAUUCUCUCCUGGUUCAAAGGAACGGCUCGUCCGUCAACGCAACUCCGUUUUCAUCUUCCAGCUCGACUACGGCUACAGCCAAUACCACGACCUCUUCCGCAUCCUCGUCCAUCGCAACAUCGAUCGGUGCGGCUCCGUUGCUCACCGCUGCUUUCAAACCGCACAAGCCAUCCUCGCUUUCAUCGUCAGCUUCCGCUUCUGCCUCGGACGAUGGCGAUCCCGGCCCAGAUCCUCCGGGCUACGAUGCAUACCUGCCAUCCACGCUUCUGUCGCAAGUCAACGACGUCGACGACCUGAGGCAUGGCACUGUUGUCGACGACGAUGAUGCUUCGUCUCUGGCUACGUCAUCGCCUCUCUCUUCCUCGUUCAAAGCACAGCAGCUUUCGCUUCAGGCGCUUUCUCACCAUGGCACUUUUUCUUCCUCCAGCAGCCGUAGAACUUCCACUUCGGCUCCUACUCCAGACUUCACCGCUGAUCUGCUCGCCACGCUCAACGAUAGCCAUCUAGACGAGGAGGAACGUAUCGACAAGGUCAGAGCCACGCUGGCAAACGCGCUCUAUGCGAUCGAAGGUGUCCCCUCGCCAUCAGCGCGAAUUGACCAUCUCGUGCUCGACCUCAUGCACCGUCAUCGCGAGGAUGUACAGCCCACUGGUGCCUCUUUCGCUGCCAACUCCACACAGUCACCUGUUCGUCGUCCUGCCAGCAUACGUUCCUUCUCCACGUCCCGCCCUUGGACGCCCUCCAGGCCAUCCUUCUCGCCCGCCUCGUCUCUUGCCGGCACCCCUACAGAUGGCACGCCUUCCGCCUUUACACAGCGUCCCACUUCUCCGCAUCUUGGUUCAAGCGCAUUGGCUUCGUUGACUUCGGCCGCAAGCCCUGUAUGGCCCUCUGCCACCGCCAACACCGCUGCCAGCCCAAGGCCCCAUCCUGGAGUCAUUGGUUCCGGCUCUCCACGUGCAUCUCCCAAACCGUGGAACCGCACCCUGUCAAACCUCUCCACCACCAGUCUCGUCUCCUCCAACGGUGGCGCUUCCGGUGUCGCUUCGCCCAUGGCCUCGCUGCCGCCAGGCGUCAUCGGCAGCUCAGCCAGUCGACCCGCCUCGCCGUCGCCCUUUGGCUCGCCAAAGCUCAACAUUGCUGCUACAGAAUUCAAGCCGCGUACCGCCUCGUCCUCUGGCGGCGCUCCGGCACCGCUUACAUUCACGCCGACCCGUCCGGCAUCCAACCUCAUCCGUCGCCCUAGCUCCAACGCCAGCAGUAGCAGUCUGGCCUUGGCAAACAAGAGUCACGCCGGCGCCAAUGACGAUGACGACGACGACGAAUUCUCGCCCUUCGGCACCAUCAAACCUGCACAGCAACAACCCAUCAGCUUUGCUGGCUACACCUCGUACGAUCCUGACGCUGGCUGGACUGCGGCACCCUCUUUUGGCGCUUCCGACACGUUUGCGGCCAGCUGGAUCGAUCCUGCAGCGAGUGCUGGCUUUGAUCCCGCGCAAGCUGACCCGCUCGGUGCUGAGCCCACAGCGCCUCUCACUCCCUUCGAUAUGCUCUACUCGAUCCUCGUCACCGGCACCAAAGCCGGCUCGUCCGAAUGGAGCCCAGAGCAAGUCGACGAAGCGCUCGUCAUGCACAACUACGACGUCGAAAAGACGUUGAACGCCAUUUGGGAAAACGACGGCAAGCCUUUGGGCGACGGAACGCAAUCACUACUUUCUGGUGGUGCUUCUGCGCCUCGCCUCGCCCCCACGCUACCGGCAAUCAGUUCGCCUCGUUUUGCGCCCUCCCCACUGCCAGCCACGGCUGGUGUCAAGGCAGGAGUCAACGUAAUGUCCAGAGAGGCUCUCGGCCUUGGUGCUUCUCGAGGCCAGCGUCCAGACCUGACCAGAUCUGGCCCCUCGCAGCUCACCCCACGAUACGAAGCAGCAGCGUCAAACUCAUCUGGUCCGGCCGGUGCGAACCGUGUCUGCCGCUACUAUAUGGCCGGGGAAUGUCGUCGGAGCGACUGUCGCUUCUCGCACGAUCUUGAUAGUCGAGCUGUCUGUCGAUAUUGGCUCAAAGGCCACUGCGCUCAUAAUCCUUGCAAUUUCCUGCAUGACUACGACGCUCUCAAUCAGCUUGCCACAGGCAUCGUAUCGGGGCUGCACGUUAACGAUGGAUCUGACCAGCGACAGCCUGCCUCGACGCCCGAAGCCAAUAAUGCUGGUGGAUCUGCACGGGCAUCAAAUGGAUCCAAGGAUGAAUUCCCGGAACUCAACGCGACUGCGAAAGACGCGUCUUCGAAAACUUCGUACGCUGCAACGCUUGGAGGAGGCACAGAUGUAUCCAAAAACAGAUGGGCAACGAUGGUGCAGAAAGGGUCGCCUGUAGACGCAGCCAUUAAGGCACAGAGUGAUGCACAGGCAGUCAUCAGCAUCCAUUCCAAAGGAGCUCCCAUCCGCUCCCAGCCAGCAUCCAGCACGCAAGACAGCAAGCCGUAUGGCAAGAAUGCCAACGCGGCACCGCGCCCCUCAGCGCGCCUGCCUCUGCGCCCUUCCGCCCUCCUGCCGACGCUGUUGACGGGAAGCAGCGCGGCCGAGACAUACCAGACCCAUCGAGGUGACGCGCUCUCCCUUGCAGAACAACGUAACAAGCUGCUUGUACGAGCUUCUGAGGCGUACCGUAAAGGCGAUGUUGCGUCAGCGAAAAAAUUCAGCAAGGAAGCCUCGUCACUCAACAACCAGUACGAGAAUGAGUCGCGCACCGCGGCCCACGCUAUUGUCAAGGAACGUAUGCGCGAGCUGCGCUCCCGCCUCAAUGAUCCGAACUUGUCAGGUUCCAACGCAUCCUCACAAAGCAACGAGGCUGGGGCUCGAAGGCUGCGCGGCAAGCUCGUAGGAAACGGCCUCGGGCUUUGUCUCGGCGUCGUACGUCCAGGAGCGUUGCAAGGCAGCCAGACUUCUUCGAUCACGGCCAACUUGUCAGUCGAAGAGCGCACAGAGUGUCUGUUGGACUUGCAUGGCUUGCUUUCGAAAGAGGCAGUAGAGUUGACGGAAGAGUUUUUGCUCGGGUUGGAAGCGGAAGGCAUACAAGGUCUGGCAUACAUUGCUAUCGGCAAGGCCAAGCACAGCAGCAAGGAGACGGACAAGCGGAGGGUCAAGGUGGGCGGCUUUGUCAAGCAGUUUCUCAGUAGCUACUCGUAUCCGUUUGCAGAGAGCGACGGCGUGCUUGUAGUCGACCAUCUGAGUCACUCAUGA